CGAUAAACGUCAGACAUGGCAUUUCCAAAUAUGCAAACAGAGUUUUUGAUAGCCGAGCAAAGGUUAUAAGUAGAAUAGGUACGUGUUUUGGUAAGUUUGCAGUCACACAGUCCAUAGCGUAGUGGAAUUCAUCUUCUCUAGCUCAUAAAGUCAAGUCAACCAUUUGCAUAGUUUCAGCAAGAAUAAAGCCGAAAUCAACUUCAAGAAAUUAGUGACUAAAUACAGUCAAAGCUAAGGAAAAUGGCCGAACAAUUGCGCUAUGAUGGUCGAGUGGCGGUUGUAACUGGAGCCGGAGCCGGUCUAGGGCGUGAAUAUGCCUUGCUUUUUGGUUCCCGAGGUGCCAAAGUAGUGGUAAAUGAUUUGGGUGGCAGUUUCUAUGGCGAAGGCGCCUCCCAGCGCGCCGCAGAUGUUGUAGUUGAUGAGAUUCGUGCACAAGGAGGCACUGCUGUGGCCGAUUACAAUUCUGUAGUUGAUGGGGAAAAGGUAAUUGAAACUGCUAUCAAAAACUUCGGACGUGUCGACAUACUGGUUAAUAAUGCUGGCAUACUGCGCGACCGCAGCAUUGCUAAAACCUCUGACCAAGAUUGGGAUUUAGUGCAUGAUGUUCACUUGAAGGGCAGCUUCAAGUGCACACAAGCAGCCUGGUCGCAUAUGCGAAAGCAGAAUUAUGGCCGAAUCAUUAUGACCGCAUCGAAUUCGGGAAUUUAUGGUAACUUUGGUCAAGCGAACUACUCAGCUGCGAAAAUGGGUCUUGUUGGAUUGGCAAACACUGUGGCCAUUGAGGGAGAGAAAAACAAUAUUCAUUGCAAUGUUAUUAUUCCAACCGCGGCAAGCCGCAUGACCGAAGGUAUCCUUCCCGACAUACUUUUCAAUGAAUUGAAGCCACAUUUGAUUGCGCCUGUGGUAGCAUAUUUGUGUCAUGAAUCGUGUGAAGACAAUGGUUCGUAUAUUGAGAGUGCCGCUGGCUGGGCAACCAAACUGCAAAUUGUUCGUGGAAAGGGUAGCGUACUGCGUACUUCCAUCGAUGAAAAGGUCGUCUCGCCUGAAUACGUUAAAAGUGUUUGGUCAAAGGUCACGGACAUGAAAGAAGCCAAACACGUGGAUUCAAUCGGACAGGCAUCUGGAUAUCUUUUGGAAGUGCUCGAAAAUUUGAAAGAGGGAAAACUUGAUGGAGUUUCUGAUACAUUCAAAUACACUAACAAAGAUUUAAUUGUGUACGCCUUGGGUAUUGGCGCUACUGUAAAGGAUGGCAAUGACCUAAAAUUUUUAUACGAAAACCAUCCUGAGUUUUCAGCAAUCCCAUCAUAUUUUGUUCUGCCAGGCCUCUUGCUAAAUAUGACAUCACAUAUUGUAGCCGAUGCAUUACCCUCUGGUAAGGCUGACCUAACAAACGUUCUUCAUGGGGAGCAAUAUUUGGAAAUUUGUGAUGACCUUCCUAUAAGCGGCACCCUUACUACUACUGGAAAGGUAUUCGAUAUUAUGGACAAAGGAUCUGGCGCGGUUGUUGUUACAAAUAGCGACACGUAUGAUGAAAGUGGUCGUCUUUUGGUUAAAAAUCAAAGCUCUAUCUUCGUAGUGGGUGCUGGAAAAUUUGGAGGGAAGAAAUCACCUAUUGCUGGGGUCGUUCCUACUGUAGCCGCACCUAAACGAAAUCCUGAUGCUAUAAUACAAUACAAAACGUCCGAAGAUCAGGCCGCCUUGUACCGCCUAUCUGGCGAUUUGAAUCCUCUGCAUAUUGAUCCCAAUUUCUCUGCAAUUGCUGGAUUCAGCACACCCAUUUUACACGGUCUUUGCUCGUUAGGUUUCUCGGUUCGAGCGGUCUUAGCAAAGUAUGCAGACAACAAGUCGGAACUUUUAAAAGCUAUAAAAGCUAGGUUUUCAGCGCCAGUUAUACCAGGCCAAACACUAAGUGUGAGUAUGUGGAAAGAAGGCAAACGAGUUCUUUUUACUACAACAGUCGUGGAGACUGGAAAACUAGCAAUAACUGGGGGAUACGUAGAUCUGAAGGAUACUUCGGCCAAGCUAUAAAGCAACUAUCUAUAAAGGUCAAUGCGUAUAUAAAUAUUACAAUGUUUUUUGAGUAUUUUGUGGUUAUUAAGGUGUAUUUUCAUAUUAUUUCAAUUAAAAUAUUAUUUUCUACUGCCUAA